AUGCAUCUCCCUACUCUCCUCACUCUCGCCUGCAUGGCUGUCAGCACCAAUGCUUUCCAAUACCCAAACUUUGUUCCAUUGCACCGUCGCCAGGAACCCGGUACGCCUGAAUACGACUGCCAUGCAAACUGCGGGGGAGUGAUCGUUGCUGCUCGUAAAGACGGCUACUGCGAUACUGACACCUUCAAAUCUGAGUUAUCUGACUGUCUCAAUUGCGCUCUCAAGUACGACAUCUGGAAGUAUUACGGCGCAUCCGUUUCCAAGGCCGCUACGGGGUGUGGUGUGGACGCCACCCCUGUCGAAGCGUCCUCCAUUACAACUACUGCCGCUGCUAGCGCCAGCGCUACUGAAACCGAAACCCCUGUCACCCUAUCCCCGUCGUCCACAUCGACUGACACCGCUGCAACCACGGGUGUAACCUCUGCUGCUUCUAGUGUUGAGCCUAGCUCUAGCGGCACGGUGAGCUCGACACCCGCAGCAUCUACUGUGGUUUCCUCUGCUACACCUUCUCAGAAUUCGACUGGCGGCGCUUCGCCGAGUGUCAGCUUAUUCCCUGGAGCUGCUUCUACUAAUUCCCGCGAUGGAUUACUGCUUAGUGUACUAGCUGGAUGUCUCGCCGUGGCACUUUUGUAA